AUGGCAACUUUGUUUUUGCUGACUUUGGCUGGGGUGGAAAAAGUAAAAGCUGGUCAGGCUUUUAAGAAUUGUUUGGCCUAUGAAAGGAACGAUACCACUUCUUAUAAUUUAUUACUUAGUUACCUCUCUUUUCCUAGUGAUAAUAAUAAAAUAACUGAACUUUGUUGUGAUACUAGAACGAUUGGCAACACUAAUAUUACUACUAAUAUCACUAAUGGGCUUGGAAAUUGCACAACAGGUUAUAAUGCUGAUCUUGACUCAGUGGCUAAUUACAUAGCAAAUGUUCCCGUAAGCAAUUUUACUGGAAUAAACCAUAGUUAUGCUUAUUAUAAGUGUCCAAGUGGCACUACUUUUCCAGGUUCAAUUACUGCAACUGGCUCUAGUUCAGGUUCUUUUAGUAGCCCAACCAAUUUUAUUUUACCUUCAAGCAAUACUCCUAUUUCCAGUGCUGAUAACAACAAUCCUAAUCUUGUCCCAAUACUCGUCCCAGUUAGCACCACAGUCGGAGUAGUUGCGGUUGGUGGAAUAACUUAUUAUCUAAUUAAAAAAAGAAAAAAGACCCAGCAGGCGAAGCAUGGAGAGCAUGAAGUAAUAACUGCUCUCUUCCAAGGGGAAACCAAUAAUAAAGCAAUUGAGUUGUCUAAUGUCCAGCAGAAAGGAGCGGGAAGCCAUGAAAUUGUCUCUCUUUCCCCGCAACAAAUUCAACAAUUACAAGCUGAGAAUGCUCGUUUAAGUCAACAAUUAGCUCAGAAUGCUAGCAAAAAAGUUAAAUACUCGGUUCAAUUAUCUGAACUAGAAAACCAACUAAAAAAUCUUCCUCAGCAAAAUAUUUCUGAGCAAGAAAAAACUAUCCAGCAAUUAGAGCAAGAAAUUAAGGUAAUUAAUCAAGAGUUAGGAAUAUCCGAAGAACCAAAAGAAAAAAAGCCUAAUCUGCCUAAUUCUACUUAUCAAGAUUUACUGGAUGACUUAAAGACUAUUGAUGAUGAACUUACCAAAUCUAUUUCGGAACUAGAAUCUAAUCCUCCUAAUCCUUCCUAUG